CGGUCCACUUGGUCUUCACUCACCAUUGAACGAAUCAGAUUCCUGUCGUCUUCUCAUCUCUGACCUGGACGCGAAGGGGCCCUGUUGCCUAGCCCAAACAUGUCCGACAGGUCAGACUCAGGGUCUAUCGUGGACGAAAAGGAGGAGAGAAGCUCUUCUCCAGAGAUGCAGGGCAGGACGGUGUCAAGGAAGCGGCCUCGUUUCGUCGAUCCCGAUGAGGAAGAUGCAGCUGAGGUCGAUGAGGACGGAAAGCCGGAUCGGGUAGAUGAUGAAAAGGAUGACGAGCCAGUAGCUAAUGGCGCGGGGAACGGACGUGCGAGGGAUGACGAGAAGGAUGACGACGAUGAGGAGGAUGAAGAAGAUGAAGAUGAUAGCGAUGAAGAUGACGAAGACGAGGAAGAUGAGGAAGAUGACAGUGGACGUAGGAAAAAGCGCCGGCGAAAGACAAACAGGAAUCGAUUCUUGGAUAUUGAAGCAGAGGUCGACGAUGAAGAAGACGAAGAUGAUGAGGCGGAUGAUUUCGGAGAUGUUGCCGACUUCAUCGAUGAAAGACCUGGAGAUGAGCCGAUCACUCAAGAUGACACUGUGCAUCGAAGGUUGAACAGGACGUUUGGACAGAACGACGAGCAGACUGCAGAGGAUAUUGUCCGACAGCUUAAGGAGAGACACAAGGGAAGAUCAGCUGCGACAUACAAUCCCGACAGCGAUGCUGUUCCUCAGCGCCUGCUAAUGCCAAGCGUCAAUGACCCGAGCCUGUGGGCUGUCCGCUGUAAACCCGGACGAGAGAAGGAUAUCCUUGCCUCCGUGUUUCGGAAAGUCUUCAAAUAUCAAGACUCAGCAACACCUAUCGAGAUCAGCUCGGUCUUUUACAGAGACUCGCUGUCCGGACACAUCUUCUUUGAAGCUCGGCAAGCGGCUGCUGUCGACUUUGCCAUCAAGGGUAUCGUCGGCGUCUUUUGGUCCCGAGGUGUCAAUCUCGUCCCACUCAAGGAAAUGGCAGACUUGCUGAAGAUCAAAAAACAAGAAGUUGACUACGUCGUCGGCAUGUGGGUCCGAAUGAGGCGUGGCAAGUACGCAGGCGAUUUGGCUCAGAUCAUCGACACGGAUCAGAUUACAAACGGAGUCCUAGGUGUCAAGUUCAUGCCUCGUAUCGAUCUGACUCCGAGGGACAAGAAGCGCGAGAGAAUGGCGAACGGGAAAGGCACUGGAUCGAAUUUGCGACCUCCGUUACGUCCUUUCCAGUACGAGGAUGUGCGUCGGAUCUAUGGUCGAAGUUCCGUUAGGUCCGGUGCUCAGGGCAGUUUCUUGUUCGACAAUGAGGAGUACAUUGAUGGAUUCUGCAUCAAAGAUGUCAAAUUCAAUGCCAUUACGACGGAAAAUAUUCAACCGAGCCUCGAGGAAAUCUCGAGAUUCACGGGAGAUGAUCAAGCCACUGCGAGUUAUGAUCUGUCCGCUAUCGCCGAUGCCAACAAGAAUAUCACCAUCUCUGCGCUGGUCCCUGGCGAUAAAGUCGAAGUUCUGGAAGGCGAACAAACCGGAAUGAUUGGAAAGAUCGAGAUCAUCGGUUCGGAAACGAUCGCCAUCCGAGUGGAAGGUGGUGACAUGCACGGAGACUUGGUCGAUGUCAACCCGAAGAGUCUCAAGAAGCGUUUUGAAGUUGGAGAGCAUGUCAAAGUCCUUGGCGGAAAGAAUGCCGAUGCUAGUGGUAUGGUUGUAGAGGUGAAAGGUGAUGUGGUGACCUUGAUGUCGGAUCAUGGGGAACAAGAAAUCCGUGCCUUCAGCAAGGAUGUCCGCAAAGCAGCAGACAUUGCCGGUGUCACGGCGUCACAGGGCAUUUAUGAUCUUCACGACAUGGUCAUGUUGGAUUCUACGACGGCUGGAGUCAUCACGAAAGUGGAAGGUGGUGUUCUUCGCAUUCUCGAUCAGAAUGGAGCCCUCAGAGUUCUUUCGCCGCAACAGGUGGCAAUGCGGAGGGAGAAUCGUGACUUUGUGGUCGCUACCGACUCUCAAGGCAACAGCAUGAAAGUUGGGGAUGCCAUGAAGGAGGUCGAGGGCGAAAAUCGAUCCGGAGAAGUCCUCAACAUCUUCCGGUCCAUCUUUGUCUUCCUCUAUAAUCGCGAAAUCACUGAGAACAACGGUGUCUUUGUAGCCCGAGCGCAAGCAUUGGUUUCGGUGACACCAAAAUCAGCGACUGGAGACCUCAGCAAACUCAACCCAGCUCUCAAUGCCCAGCUUCCCUAUGGAGCUGCCAGUCUUAUGCCUCCGCCUGCCGUGACACCGAACAAGAAUCGCUUGGUUAAUACCUUGGUCGUCGUUGUAAAAGGCACGAGCAAGGGGCUGAUGGGAGUCAUAAAGGACGUAGUCGGCGAAAAUGCCAGAGUCGAGCUGGCGACCAACAACAAAACACUGACAAUAAACAUGUCCUCCUUGAAGCGCAAAGAUCCGCGUACUGGCAAUACACAUCCCCUCGACCCUUCAACAUUCGGCUCCUACAAUGUUCGCUCAGGCCCUGGAGGGUACGACGUCAACCCCUACGGCGGUCAAAUGGGUCCUCCGGGCGGCAUGACGCCUGCUGCGGGUGGAUUCGGCGGCAGAACCCCGGCGGCAGGUCGUUUCGGUCAGACUCCCAGCCCAUAUGGCGGAGCCAUCGGUGCUGGCAAAACGCCAAAUCCAUAUGGCGGUGCUGCAGGAGGUCGAACACCAGCCCCAGGGUGGGCUGGAAGUGGUGGCAAGACGCCUGGUUGGGCAGGAUCCGGAGGCAAAACGCCAGCAGCUGGAUUCGGUGCGGGUGGUAAGACCCCGGCGGCUGGUUACGGGACUGGCGGACGGACUCCGGCUCCGGGUUAUGGCGCGGGCGCAGGUGGCAGGACACCCGGAUGGGCAGGCGCGGGAUCUGGUGCAGGAGCUGGAGGCAAGACACCCAAUCCUUAUGGCUCUGCACCAGUCAGCGCACCUACACCAGGAGCAGGCUACGAAGCUGAAGCUAGCUCAUCGACCCUCUCUGCCCCCACACCAUACGGUGCACCGACCCCUUCUAUCGGCGGUCUGAGUGCCCCCACACCUGGAGUUGCCAACGGAAAUCCGUAUGGCGCACCUACACCAUACUCUGCUCCAACUCCCUACACUGCUCCAACUCCUGGAGCCGGCCUGUCAGCUCCCACGCCGGGAGCUGGUCUUCAUUCAGCACCAACACCGUAUGGAGCGCCUACUCCAUAUGGUGCCGCUCCUACACCAUACGGCAAUCCAGACGCGAGUGGAGGUUCACGGGAAGGUUUAGCAUUCGAUUGGGCUCUGGACUUCCGGAAUGUGAUUGUGGAAGUUGGUCCAUCGAGUCGUGUAGGGACACGAAACCCGCUACAUUUCCAGCGUGGAGCGUAUGACCGUCAGCGAUUCGGUCAUCAAGGGACAGUGGACGAUAAUGUUCGAUGUGUCUUGCUUAGUGAUCCGACGGUCGUCGAGGAGAUUCCAGCAGAAUAUCUACGACCAGCUCGACCGGACGGUCCAGGUCAAUACGUCGUCAUUGUUGCUGGGCCGCCAGAGCUCAAAGGUACUCACCGUACUACUUCUUAUGCGGACAGUGGUCAAUGGAUGAUGGAGGCUGAGCCCGGAGAUGUGGGUCCGACAAUUUACGCGCAGGAAAACCUGUGUAGGAUCUGGAAACGAGAAUGAUGAUGAGGGGUAUCAUGUAAAACCAGCAUAUUCAUGAGAAGCAAUGCAUUUGGCAACUGACGCUU